CGGUUUCACGCGGUUUGUGGGAUCAAUCCAUCUCCAGAUUCCAAACUUCUCUGUUUUUUUCUUUUUUCCUUUUCUGUUAUUCUGUAUUCUUUAUUCAUCAUCCCCACCACCCAAAAACGCGUUACUUCUUUAAUGCUCUUAAAAAAAAUUUCCUAUGAUUUUGAUUUGCUUCUUCAACGGAUCUUACAUUCCAACAACAAAUUUAAAAGUCUUUGUUGUUUUCCUCCUCCUUCUUCGAAUCCUCCUUCUUGUACGGUUUCCAGUACUCUGUUAGUACUACUUUCUUCUUCUUCUUCUUCUUCUUCUCUGUUGCAUCCAAAUAUAUAGAAGAAAGAAGAUGUGGACAACCAUCUUAUUCUUUGUUUUCCUCUUUAUUGCUGGGUUGAUCAGUACUGUAAACUUCCCCAGAAAGAAGUUUCUUGCCUGGUUUUUUGGGUCAUUUUGUGCCGAAUUGAGAGAUCCCAUGAACCCUGUUAUUUCCACUUCUGAUUCUGCUGCUGCUUCAAAUGCGUCGACGAAGGCCAAUAAGAUUAAACCAGAUGAAGAUGGUGGAACUGGAAAGAAGAAGAAGAGUAGUUGUUAUGAUAACAAGAGUCAAUUGAGGAGUGUUUUCUCUACUUUUGACAAGAACAAUGAUGGGUUCAUAACGAAGCAAGAGUUGAAGGAUUCACUGAAGAACAUUGGGAUUGUUAUGAGUGAGAGCGAUGUUGCUGAGAUGAUUAAAAGGGUUGAUUCAAAUGGGGAUGGUUUGAUUGAUCUUGAUGAGUUCUGCCAAUCAUUUGAUUCCUUGCUGAGCAGGGGAGGAGAGGAAGAAGGGAGUGAUGAAAAACAGGGGAAAAUGGAUGGGAAUAAUAAUAUUAAUAACAAUGAUGAUGGUGAUGAUGAAGAUGGGGAUGAGGAUCUGAAGGAAGCUUUUGAUGUGUUUGAUGGAGAUAAAGAUGGGGUAAUCACAGUGGAAGAAUUGGGUUUGGUGCUGUCUUCUUUGGGAUUCAAACAGGGGAACAAGGUGGAAGACUGUAAGGAAAUGAUCAGAAAGGUGGACAUGGAUGGAGAUGGAAUGGUUAACUUUGAUGAGUUCAAGAAGAUGAUGAAAUCUGGUCACAGGCUUGUCCCCAUUUCUUAGAUUUAGUUUUAGUAUAUUACUUACUGUUAUUGCUUCUUGCAUUUCUUCUUUCUUUUUUUCUUUCUUUUCCUCUUUAGCCAAAGGAACAACAAUAUCAUCAUCAUCAUCAUCAUCAACUACUUGAAUCACACAACUGUACAGAGCUCUAUUAGGCCAUAGAUUUUGACUAGCAGUAGAAGAAGAAGAAGAAGAAGAUCAUUUUAUUGGUUUACAACACUUUAAAAUCUCUCUUUAAGCAUUAUUAGCUAUUGCUGCUGUUUUUGACAUAUUGGUGAAAGAAGUAUCAGAAAGUUUGCAUAUCUGUUCAGAUUCCGGCGUGUUGAAUUGAUCGGCCGAUCUGUCAACGUUCACUUUUUUUUUUUUUUUGUUUUCCAGAGUAGUUGAAAUAUGUAAAUAUCUGAUUAGUUAAUAUCUUUGACUAAACGCGCAGCGACAACUAAUGAGGAUAUUGACGCAUUUCUACACUUACACGACUCAAGAUUACAAAUUCAUUUGACAAAUGCAAACAUAGCAACUAACCCACUAUUAAAAUGGAA